UCACUGUUCAUCACUGGCAGUAGCACACACCACACAUUUGCAACGUUAAAGAUAAUUGUUUCAAUUCUUUUAUAUUUUUUUCAGAAAAUAAUUUGUUAUAAAAAAUUGUGAUCUAUAAUGGAGGAAAUACUAAAAAAGCUACUACUUCCAGACAAUGAAAAAAUUCAAGAGGGCACUAUUGAACUUCGAGAAGCAUUCAAAAAACCAGAAAGUACACCUGAACUAUGCCAUAUUGCAAUUUCAUCGCAAAACCCUGAGAUGAGGCAAUAUGCAGCAGUACUUCUCAGAAAACGUUAUUCAAAGUGGAAAAAUUGGUUAGCUUUACCUGAACAAAUUCGCAAUGAAUUCAAGGCUAUUAUUCUGCAGAGACUUGUUGACGAAAAAGAAAAGUCUGUGAAAAAUGCGAUUGUUCAAUUGGUUGGUGUUAUAAUAAAACAUGAAUUACCAAAAAAUGCAUGGCCACAAGCUCUUCAAUUUAUACAACAAUUGAUUACAAGUGACAAUGUAGCUGAGAAAGAGUUGGGUAUGUAUACCUUAUCGAUAAUUACGGAAAUUGCCAGUGAGGCAUAUUUACCAACUUCUCAGGCCAUAAUGGCAAUUUUAAAUCAAACUCUCAAUAAUCUUCAGGAUCUUGUUAAUCCAAUUGCGUAUUAUAUUAUAAAAACGAUGCUUAAUUUUGUACCUUACGUUUCACAAAAACAACAUAUGGUGAAUGCCUAUCAUGAAAUGAUGCCACGAAUGUUAAAUACCGUUGCUGCCUUAUCUGAAACGCACGAAGAAAAAGCAAUUGAAUGUUUUGAAUUGUUUGAAGAACUUUGCGACAAUGCUGUCACUGUUAUAUCGCCACAUUUGAAAAAUCUCAUUGCUAUGAGUUUAACUAUAGCUCAAAAUAAAAGCCUUGGCAGUGAAAUUCGAGUAAAAUCCAUUGCAGUUGUUGGCUGUCUUGUGAGAACUAAGAAAAAAGCCAUUGUUAAAAAUAAAUUAGUGGAGCCGAUCAUAGAUACUCUCUUUGCUCUGAUUUCUUCUCGGCCCGACGACGAAAAUGAGGAAAUUUAUUUCAACGGCGAUGAUGAAGAUAAAUCGCCAAUGACCUGCGCUACUCAGACGUUAGAUGCACUUGCUCUUUAUUUACCUCCCGACAAGUUGAUUCCACAUUUGUUGUUGCACAUUGAGCCGGGUUUGGAGGGAACGGAUAUUUACAAAAAAAAGGCAGCUUAUUUGGCAAUGGCAGUUUUGGCGGAAGGUUGCUCAGAAUAUAUUCGAACAUCAUAUCUUGAAACUUUUGUUCGUUGUAUUUGCAGUGGUAUUGUUGAUCCAACGCCAGUUGUUCGUAAUGCUGCGCUAUUUGCACUUGGACAAUUUUCUGAAUUUCUUCAACCUGACAUUAGUAAUUAUUCAUCGGAAUUGUUGCCAAUUUUAUUUGAAUAUCUUGCACAAAUUUGUAAUUUCAUUAAACAAGAAAAAAAAGAGCCACCUGCUGUUGAUCGAAUGUUUUAUGCAUUGGAAAUGUUUUGUGAAAAUUUAAACGUCAGUCUAUUGCCAUAUUUGCCAAAUUUAAUGGAGAGAUUAUUUGAAACUUUAGAUCAACAGUCACCGGUUCAUGUCAGAGAACUUGCAUUAAGUGCAAUUGGUGCGGCAGCCAAUGCAAGUAAAGAAAAUAUGGUUCCAUAUUUAGAGAGAAUUCUCGCUAUUCUCAAUCCUUAUUUAAUUGAAAAACAAAGCGAGGAGACGAUGUGUUUGCAAAUUCAAGCGGUUGAUACUCUUGGUGUACUUGUGAGAACUGUGGGAGAAAAUAUAAAGGAUCACUCGACGACAGCGCUUGCUGUAAAAUCCUUGGAAUGCGGUAUGAGUUUAUUGAAAGAAUGCAAUGAUCCUGAUUUAAGAAAAUCUGUCUAUGGAUUGGCAGCAUCCGCUAGUAUGGUGAUGAAGAAGGAUAUGAAUUUUGCACUCUCUCCAAUUGUCGAUCAAAUAAUUAAUAGCAUAAAAAGUUCCGAGGGUGUUGUGACUCAUUACAAGGAGAAUGAAGAGGCAGCGUUUCCGGUAUACGAACCGUGUUUGCAAAACAGUGACAGUGACGGGGAAGAAGAUAUUGAAAAUACAGACAAUGAAGAUGAUGACGACGAUGAAGAUAUUGCUGGAUUCAGUGUGGAAAAUGCCUACGUGGAAGAAAAAGAAGAGGCUAUUCUUGCUCUUAAGGAAAUUGCACAAAAUACAGAAGAAGUAUUUUUGCCUUUCCUCGAAGUUUCGUACAAUGAGGUGUUCAAAGUGAUUAGCUAUCCGCAGGACGAUAUUAGAAAGGCGGCUAUAGAAGCACUUGCACAAUUUUCUAUUAAUUUUUCAAGAAUUAAUAGUAUCGAGGGAAAAGAAGCAACGCAAAAAGUCCUUUCAGCACUUAUACCAAAGUUUUCGGAGAUUAUUAGACUGGAUUGUGAGCGUUCAGUUGUUAUUAGUGCUUUAGAUGAAUUAACGGAGAUGCUAAAAGAAAUUAAAUCCGAUGUUCUUAUAAUCGAGGGUCACAAGGAGGCAAUUAUGAAUUGUAUUACUGAAAUUUUAGCAGGACGAACGUAUUGUCAAGAUCAGGAGGAAGUGGACGAGGAAGAUAUGGAAGCUGAACAAGAUGAAUUGCUAAUAGAGUGCGCCGGUGAUUUAUUGACACAUUUUGGAAAAGUUAUUCCUCCUGAAGAGUUUGCACACUUUUUCCAAAAUCUUUUACCAUUUAUUCUAGAACGACUGAAAAAGAAUAAAACUGAGGCACAAAGAUCGUUUGCUGUUGGAACAAUAUCGGAAUGCUUUUCUGGAUUAAAGCAAGCAGUUGCACCAUUUGUUCAACAAAUUAUGCCAUUACUUCUUGAACUCACAAGUGACUCGAAUGCUGAAGUUCGUAAUAAUGCAAUUUACGGAAUUGGAGAAAUUGCCUAUCAUGGAAAAGACGUGAUUUUCUCAUAUUAUCCAAAUAUUCUGCAAACUUUAUCAAAUAGAGUACAAAAUGAAUCUCACGCUGGAGCAAGGGAUAAUGUUGUUGGUGCAAUUGCUCGGCUAAUUAGCACAAAUUUCACAAUUUUACCAUUGGACCAGGUGUUUCCGGUUUUUAUAAAUCAAUUACCAUUGACGGAAGAUGUUGAAGAAAAUAAAGCAGUUUUUGAGAGUAUAUUAACGCUUUAUAAAGCAGGUCAUGAAAUUCUUAAACCGCACAUUACAACAUUGAUAAAUGUUUCAAGUUCUCUUUUACGGGAAAAAAAAUACAGUAAUGAUGAAACGAGGAAUUUAAUUGUGGAAUUUCUAAAUUCAGUUAGAAGUGAUUUUCAAAAUGAAUAUCAAAUGGUACUUGGAGAUCAAACACCUGAAAUUCUAAUCAAUCAACAAGCUACAUUUUCACCCUAAAAUGUUUAAUGUAAGGAUAAUUUUUUUUUUUUCUUCAUUUGACAACGAUAGUGAAAAUAAUUUAGAUAAUCCAUGUUUUUUUAAAAGUAGCUUGAAUUAUCGUGAAAUUCUUGACACUUUUCAAAUUAAUUAUAAUAAGACUGUUUUUUUUGUUAUUAAUGAGUUCUAAUUUUCUAAUAGGUUUCAUGUAAAUAUGUUAUAGCUGCAAUUUUAUAAAAACAAUUUCCUAAUCGAAAUUUUUAAAUCUGAAAAUAUUCAAAAUUUUAUAGCAGAUAUUUUUUUUUUAAAUUUUCACUAUUUUCAAAUGAAAAUUGCAGUUUUCGAUAUUUUUAACGAUAAUUUCUAUUCUUAAAAUAUCUAAAUUAUUUAAUUGAAUAAUAAAACUUAAAAAUAAAAUCAAAAAAGAAAAAUUAUAUUUUUUUUUCUGUAAAACAUCGAAAUUUGUGAAUAAUUUUGAUAAAUUUGCAUAAAAAAUAUUUGCUUUUAAGUUUAGAGACAAUACAAGUACUGAGAUUUUGUGUGCACUGGUUUUUUCGUAUUCUAUUUUUCUUGUGUACUCAAUUUUUUUUUUAAAUUUAAGGAUGUAUGAGAGAAAAGCGUGAUAUACAAUAUCAAUAUUUUAUAUAAUAAAACAAAAAAAUAUGUACAGCAACGUUGCAGGUGAAAGAUUUUCUAGCUUUUUGUGAUAUGAUUACAAACCCUAAAGAGUUGAAUCACUAUUAUUAUAAUAUUCCGUAUAUAGUUUCACGAAUAAAAAUCUUUUUUAUGAAUGUUA